CAAGUUAUCGCGCGCUUUACAUGUUCCAAAGGCCUUAACUUUCACGCCGUGUGCGUGCCUGAGUUCUGGCUCUUUUAAGUUGGUGAUUACAAAUGGAACAGCUUGUUCCUUCCAAGAACCUCAUUUAUGUAUGGCGUUCUUCCCUUGUUUGUCCAUUUAGUAUGGAUUCGGAACCAUCAUUGCCUGACAUAGAAGAUUUACAUGAGGCCAGUUGGUUGCAACUGCUGCAAGUUUCCUUUCUUGAUGCUUCUUUGCGUUUAUUUUGCGCUCGCCGACUUCUUCGCAUCAGGAAUGGAUCAGACCGCGACUCCCUUGCGAGGGAUCAUCAACGAUGUCAAAGGACGAGCCUCAUGCUAUCGGCAGGAUUGGACUUCCGGAUGUCAUUCAGGCUUCAGCAUAUUGGCUCCGACAAUGUAUAUCUUCUUUGCUUCUGCACUCCCUGUCAUUGCCUUCGGAGAACAGCUGAGUAAAGAAACUGAUGGAGCUCUGAGCACGGUUGAAACCUUAGCCUCCACAGCUAUCUGCGGCAUCCUGCACUCGAUACUCGGUGGGCAGCCGAUGUUAAUCGUAGGAGUCGCGGAGCCGACUGUAAUCAUGUACACGUAUCUGUACAAUUUCGCCAAAGGGCGUGAAGAUCUGGGAGCGCGUCUCUACUUGGCUUGGGCAGGAUGGGUCUGCUUCUGGACUGCGUGUAUGCUGUUCCUUCUCGCAAUCUUCAAUGCUUCUGAUAUCAUAAGCAGAUUCACGAGGAUUGCAGGAGAACUCUUUGGUAUGCUGAUCACGGUUCUGUUCAUGCAAGAAGCCAUUAAGGGAAUAGUAAGUGAAUUUAACAUACCCAAAGGUGAAGACCAAACUCAACCGAUCUACCAGUUCGAGUGGUUGUAUACAAAUGGGCUGCUGGGGAUCGUUUUUGCGUUUGGGCUCCUGUUUACUGCAUUGAAGAGCAGAAGGGCAAGAGCAUGGAGAUACGGCACAGGGUGGCUUAGAGGUUUCAUCGCCGACUACGGGGUGCCUUUGAUGGUGCUGUUGUGGACGGCCAUGUCCUACGCUGUCCCGAGCAAGGUUCCCUCUGGAGUUCCAAGGAGGCUGUUUAGUCCUCUUCCAUGGGAAACCAAGUCUCUGUACCACUGGACUGUGGCAAAGGAUAUGCUUUCUGUCCCUCCACUAUACAUAUUUGCUGCCAUCAUUCCUGCUCUGAUGGUUGCAGGACUCUACUUCUUCGACCACAGCGUUGCGUCACAGAUGGCACAGCAGAAGGAGUUCAAUCUGAAAAAUCCCUCUGCUUACCACUACGACAUUUUGAUCCUCGGUUUCAUGGUUCUGGCUUGCGGAUUGCUUGGAAUCCCCCCUUCGAACGGUGUCCUCCCUCAGUCCCCAAUGCACACCAAGAGCCUUGCUGUUCUUAAGAGGCGGAUAAUGCGCAAGAAGAUGGUUGAAAGUGCCAAGGAGAGCAUAAGGCAACAAGCCAGCAACUCGGAGAUCUACGGGAAGAUGCAGGAGGUGUUCGUGAAAAUGGACAACGGGCCUACGGUCAUCUCGAUAGAUACCGAACUGAAGAACUUGAAGGACGCAGUCAUGAACAACGGGGCCGGCGGUGAAGACUCUAAGGUAGCGUUUGACCCGGAGAAGCACAUCGACGCCUACCUGCCUGUCCGGGUCAACGAGCAGAGGGUGACCAAUCUGUUGCAGUCGCUGUUCGUAGGUGCGUGCCUUGGAGCAAUGCCCAUCAUCAAGAUGAUACCCACAUCCGUCCUCUGGGGAUAUUUUGCCUACAUGGCCAUCGACAGCCUUCCUGGAAACCAAUUCUGGGAGAGGACGCUCUUCCUGCUCGUCACUCCUAGCCGGCGUUACAAGGUUCUGGAAGGCAUGCAUGCUUCCUUCAUGGAAUCGGUUCCCUUCACAAAGAUUGCAGCCUUCACAAUCUUGCAGUUUGUGUAUCUACUGGUGUGCUUUGGGGUGACAUGGAUACCUAUAGCGGGGAUCCUGUUCCCGUUGCCGUUCUUCCUCCUCAUCAGCAUCAGACAGCACAUCCUGCCCAAGUUCUUCCAUCCGCACCAUCUCUGGGAGCUGGACGCAGCCGAGUACGAUGAGAUCGCCGGAACCCCCCGCCGCGCUCGCAGCCUCUCAUUUGGGGAAGGGGAAGCAUCACAGUCAAACAGUGAUGAUAACGAAGCGGACAUGUGCGACGCUGAGAUCUUGGACGAUCUCACCACCAGCAGAGGGGAACUCAAGCAUAGAACCAAGAGUUUCAACGACGACCGGUUCCAUCAGAUUCAUCCUGAGGUGAGCCAGCAGAGAACAUGAAGAGACACUGAUCUCUCCGACAAGUGGAUCUAAAAGGAGGUCCAGUUCUCAGCUGGAUUUUGGUUCUGAUGCUGAUAGAAGAAGCUGUUCAGAGGUCUUCGGGAUCCGUCAUGAGAAUGCUAAUUAAACAGAAACCUAAGAGGAUGAAAUGUAACAUACGGAUCCCUCCGCCUACAGUUGGGUACACUCUGCGGAGGUGCAUAACUUGUGAGGCAAAACAAAGCACAUUCAGGCUGAAGACACAGCAAAGAUUAGCAUAAGUAUAACCUUGUAGCUUCUGUAACAGCAAAUAUGAUGAAUUGAUGGAUUUUUCCUUGUUUCUUAA